AUGUAUCCUCAUGUCACUCAACAUGCUCUUUCUCAUUCUUGCUCUGAUCAUAAUCCAAUUGCUCUGAUUUGUAAAGGGAUGAAGCAUGGUCCAUCUCCAUUACGCUGUGAGUAUUAUUGGUUUUCUAAUCCAAAUUUUAUUUCUUUUGUUAGAGAAAUGUGGAAUUCUUUUGAUGUUUCAGGUAGUGAUGGUUUUGUGUUCUCUAAGAAAUUACAAUUGCUUAAACAAAAGCUUAAACCCUGGAGCAAAGAGGAGUAUGGAGAAGUGAACAAAAGACUGGAGGAACUUGAAGAUAUUUUUGCAGACUUGGAUGCAAUGGAGAAUGCUAAUAAUGGGUUAUUUGAUUCUCAGUGGAAUGAUAGAGUGAGCGCAAGACAUGAAUGUUGCAAUUUAAUUAUCAUAAGAGCAGAGAAAUGGAGGAGUAGAUUCAGAUAUACUCAUGUCAAAGAUUAUGAUAAUAAUACAAAAUACUUCCACAGGUUAGCAAAUGAUAGAAGAAUAAGAAGUUUCAUUGGCUCAAUCAAGGUGAAUGGUGUGCUUACUUCAGAUGACAGUGAAAUAAAGAAUGAUAUUGUCGAUUUAUUUCAAAACAUUUUUCAGUCUCCACAACAAAGUGUAAUUUCUGCAGAGGGUAUGCAUUUUAAUCAAAUUUUUGAGGAGAUGUGUUUAUGGCUUGAGAGAGACAUUGAUGAGGAUGAAUAUUUUGCGGCUAUUAAAUUGUUAGGGAAACAUAAAGCACCUGGUCCUGAUGGGUUUCCCAUUAGUUUCUACACUCUUUGUUGGGACAUUCUUAAAGAGGAUUUCUUAAAUAUUCUCAAGGAGAUGCAAGAGAGGAAUUUUUUUGAUUGGAGGUUGAAAAAUAAUUUUGUUGCUUUGAUUCCUAAGAAGGACUGUAUUGAGGAGAUUAAAAACUUAAGGCCAAUAAGUCUUGUGCAUGGGGCUUAUAAAGUUGUAUCCAAAAUUUUGGUAGAAAGGUUUAAGCUUACUCUUCCAACAAUUAUCUCUUCUCAGCAAUCAGCUUUUGUGAAUAAAAGACAAAUUUUAGAUGGUGUUUUGAUAACUAAUGAGCUCAUAGAUUCUAGAAUUAUAAGUGGAAAACCAGGUCUAUUGUGCAAAGUUGAUUUUGAGAAGGCAUUUGAUCAUGUUACCUGGAAUUUUUCGGAUGAUAUGUUCAAGUUGAUGGGUUUUGGAGAAAUAUGGAGAAAUUGGAUUAGAUGUUGUGUUGAAUAUGUCAGGUUUUCAGUGCUUGUAAAUGGUAGUGCAGCUGGAUAUUUUAAAAGUAACAAGGGAAUAAGACAAGGUGACCCUAUUUCACCUUUCGUAUUCUUGUUAGUUGGAGAAGCUCUUACUUUCAUGAUAAAGAAGACUCAAGAAGAAGGUUUAUUAUCUGGUUUUCAAGCUAAAUCUGAUGGGACAGUUAUUAGUCAUCUUCAAUUUUCUGAUGACACCCUAAUCUUUUUGGAUGCUGAUGUAGAACAAGUUAAGAAUCUCAUAUUAAUUCUCCUUUAUUUUGAGAUGCUGACAGGUUUGAAGAUUGACUUUGCCAAAAGUCAGAUAUUUGGUGUUGGUUUUGAUGGUGAUUUAUCUGUCUUUUCAUCUAUUUUAGGUUGCUAUAGAGGUGUUUUGCCUACAAUUUUUAUUGGUUUGCCUCUUGGAGAUAAAUGUGGAGUUGUAGCUAAAUGGGACAUGAUUAUUGAGAAGUUUAUUUCUAAGCUUGUUGGUUGGAAGAAGACUUUAUUGUCAAGAGCAGUGAAAUGGAGAGCUCUUAGUAGAAGGAAGAAAUUUGGUGGCCUUGGUAUUAAAAGUCUCAAACAAAUAAAUCAUGCUUUACUUUCAAAAUGGAUUUGGAGAUUUGCAACUGAAGAUUCAGCUCUUUGGAGGACCAUUGUUGCUGAGAAGUAUGGUGUUAAUGUAGCUCAGUGGAUUCCUAAAACUCUAGAAUGUACUUAUGGUAGGUCAGUUUGUAGAUCUAUCAUGAAGUUUAAAUCCUCUGUGCUGAAGUUUGUUAAAUUUAAGGUUAACAAUGGUAUUUCUGUUAGGUUUUGGGAUGACAAUUGGAUUUAUGAUUCUCCCAUUAAAACUUGUUAUCCAAACUUGUUUGCUCUCUCCAGAGCAAAGCAUAUUUCAGUUUCAGAAAUGUGUGUCACAGAUGGUCCUUCUUAUGUUUGGAACUUACAUACUCCUACUAGGCUCAAUGAUGUAGCUAGAUUUGAGUAUAAUCUUCUUAUUACGGAUCUUGCUUCCUUUAAAUUCACUAAUGAUACAACAGAUGAAUUACAGUGGACUCUUACUAAGGGUAAAGUCUUUACAGUCAAGUCAGCUUAUGAGAAAAUAUCUAUGGAGGAUGGCCUUAUUCAGCAGAGCUCUAUUUUCACCUUCAUCUGGAACCUUAAAUGUCCUCCAAAAAUUGGUUUCUUCUUGUUGCUUAUUGAUCAUAACAACCUCCCAACUAGAGACUUGUUGAAUUAUAGGGGUAUUGAAGUUCCUGUCGCUUGUGGGGAAAUUAUUCCUUCUUUGCAGGCUUGGAAUUUAACUCAACACAAUGCAGCAAGUUCUGUUGUUUGGAAUUUGGAUGAUGGUGUUGAUGAUGUUGUUGUUGGUGGAGAUGGAGAUGCUGAUGGUGGUGGAGAUAAUAUUGAUCCUGGUGAUGUUGGUUUUCUGCUGAUGAAGACGAAGGAGGAAGAAAAAAAAUUUGUGGUAGAUGAAGGAAGCGAGGAAAGAGAUGAGAUCUGGAAGAUGCUUCCCUUAUUUAAAGAAUUAGUGGGGUACAAGUGUCUGAAUUGA